AAUUAAGCGUUUAUCUACGUUGAUUAACAAUUAACUUCUAAUUAUUGCGAUGGAGUGUCGAUGAUUUAUCUAGCUAGAAAUAUACUCGGAUGUUUGAAAUUAAAUUAUUUUUCUGGAAACUGAAAUAAUUAUUUCAUAUUAAUAAUUUCAGAUUCCAGAGAAAUAAUUUAAUUGGUCCAUUCCAAUCGAUAUUAAAAUUAUAACAUUUGAAUAUCGACUGUAUAAUUUUAAAUUAAAACAUACGUUCUAAUUUCAAUUUCACAAUAAUGGUCCGACCGAAUAAAGGAACAACAAUAAAAUUAAUCAUAAAUAAUUAAAUAAUAAAUAAAUAAUUAAAGUAUUUCUCUCUGUCUCUCUUCUAUUUCUAAACUAUCUUCCUCCAAAACUCUUUUAGUUUCCUUUUUCUGUUCUUGAUCUUUAUUUUUAACUACCUUUUGCUGCAAUAGUCAUAAAACAUAUUCUUGUUUUAAAAUUCUUAGCUGUCAAUAAUAGCCUGUGAAAUGAACUACAGUACAAUUACGUAAACUGAUACAAUGCUUUAUAUAACUUCAAUAUUUUUAAACACAAGCUCAGUUUUACAAAUAUCAAUCGAACGUCGAUACGAAUACUAUCAGAUUUAAUUUGAACUUCAGUUAGGACGUUUCAUGUCUCUAAUAAUAUUAACUUAUACUGUAUCUUACUUAAAAAAUAGACAAGAUGUAUUCAGUAAAAUACUAUUUCAUUACUGCAAAUGUAAUAAUAUCUAUUGUGUUAGUAUAUGUCAGAUGUCAAUAUGAUGAAGGUGCUUUUGUGAAACCAGAUAGCUGUCACGCUGCUCCAGAAUUAUUGAUGCGUCAAUGUUGCGUAUUUCCACCAUUUUUCGCGCGAGACGUAGCUAGAGCAUGUGGAGCUAUCUUUGCAUUACUAUUUACGGAUAAACAAAAUAAUGUCACCACACUAAGACGGCAAGCGAUCACGGGUUGCGAUCACUGGCGAUGUAUUUUAAAAAAAUAUAAUCUACUAACUGAUGAAGAAUAUGUGGAUGACGAACAAUAUUACAACCAUCUAGACAAAUGGGUAGACCUAAAUCCUAUAUUUGCUACAAUUAUGUUGAGUGCCAAAGUACAUUGCAAGCAAAUUUUCAAAUACUUUAUGCCUCUAAAAAUCUGCGAGUUUUACAAUUUUCAUUCGUGCAUAAGGCACGUUAUUAACCUAGUGAGUAUACAAACUAAACAUUUUUUCUCUAUACAACUUGUGAUUGUGGUAACCGAGUCGCGUAUAAACAUGAACAACACCAUGGAUAUCCUGUGACGCCUGUUAAAUCCUAAUAAGGAGUAACAAUUACGACUAACUAUAUUUCAUAGAGUGGGUACAUGCAGAUUGACAAAUAAAUAUAAAUAUCAUGAACAUAAUAACAUGGGUUAUUAUGGUUAACCCAUGGUAAUCCGCAGCGUUGCUAUUCCAUAAUAAUGGAUCGUCACAGUUGAUAAGAUACAUUAACAAAUAUAAUAUCCAGUAUUGCUUGAACACUCGAAAGCAAUUUCUUAAAAGAUACUAUUGUAUAUUCCACUCAAAUUAUAUAAUUACCUGACUGAUUAAUGAUGCUUCUCAUUUCAGGACUGCCCCGUUCCAAUAAAUAACAUAGAAUGUUCCAAACAAAAGCAAUUUUACG